AUGAGUAAGCUGCGGCCUGUUACUGUCAAGUCCGUCCAGAAGUGCAUGGAAGGCAUUGCGAUCAAGGUCGGGCAACAGCUGGAGAAGGAGCUUGGAGAGCUCUUCGGCCUCAUGUUUGAUGGCUGGUCGCAUGCUGGCAUUCACUAUGUCGCACUUUUCGCGGUCUACGAGGCAGAUGGUAAACUGCACGUGCCGUUGCUAGGCUUGUCCCCGCUUGCCGAUGGCACUCAGACGGCAGAUGCCCACGUCCAGUUGUUCAAGAGCACCCUCGAUGUCUACAACAAGACCUUAUCCAUGGUGGCGUUCAUGGUGGGUGACAACUGUAAUACCAACCGGUCGAUAGCCACCAAGCUGGGGGUGCCACUGGUUGGGUGUGCUAGCCACAGGUUCAAUCUUGCCGUCAACAAGUUUCUAGAACCCCACGAGGCUCUGCUGUCGGAUGUAAACUCCCUGAUGGUUGAGUUACGUCACGAAAACAACUUGGCGGAACUGAGCAAGUACACGGAGCUGUUGCCGGUGAAGCGCAACGUUACUCGCUGGUCAUCAACAUUCACCAUGGUACAGCGUUACAUCCGGAUUCGUAGCGACAUCAAGAAGGUCGAGGCUGUCGAGGAGCUGAUCCCAACAGGCGCAAAGCACCGAAAGCUGCUGGUGCUGUUCGACCAUCUCAAGAAAUUCGACAGCGUUUGCAAGCGGCUUCAGCGCGACGAGACGGACAUGGCUGAGGUGCGUCUCAUGUUCGACGCCCUGUUGACAGAGUAUCCCGUCAUGGCUGAGCAUCUGAGACCUACUGCUAAGGUUGUUCACACUCCUACGUUCGAGUCAGGUGUCGUCAAGGUGAUCACGGGAGCCAUUCUAUCGCCAGCCGAAGAACUAGCGCUGAAGCGCUUCGAGGUCGUCCAAGCUGCAGGAAAGAAGCGCAAGAAGGACGAGGAAGACUACGCCUCGGUACUGCUGCGAACGGGGGGCAAGCCUCGAAACCAGGUCAGCGGUGGUCGCAGCGGAAGAUCGGCGGCAUAUAAGCCUCUUGCAAAGUUGGUGCCGCCAACUUCCAACACGGUGGAGCGCCUCUUUUCACAGUGUAAGUUGGUGCUGACGCCACAACGCCGUGGCAUGCAUGCCGCUAGGUUUGAGCAAUUAGCGUUUCUACGGGUCAACCGAGGCAUGUGGAACGUCAGUACUGUUGCUAGCGUCGACACCGAGCAAAACGAGUAG